GGCGUGAUAGUGUGUGUGUGCUGCUUAUACGCUUCUCUGAAAGACUCGUCUCUCUGAUCAUUUACACAGCUGAACAUGAUGAUGCUGAACACUCUCUCCCUCACUGCACUCCUGCUCAGUCUCUAUGGUCUGGAAGGUCUUGUGUUGACCCAAGAAAAGUCAGUGUCUGUUCAAGCUGGUCAGAAUGUGAAGAUUCUGUGCUCUCCCAGUAGCAGUAGUUGGACAUUAACAUGGUACCAACAGAAACCUGGUGAAUCUCCAAAGUUCUUGCUUGUUGACAGCACGAGGGCAAGUGGACUGGCGAGUCGAUUCACCUACAGUGAAUCUGGAUCACAAGAAUACCUGCAUAUUAACGGAGUUCAGGCUGAAGACGAGGCUGUUUAUUACUGCGCUUGCCAUAACUGUGAAAGCGGCAUAUCGCCACAUGCAAUUUUCGGUGGAGGCACUGAAGUAACUUUGGAUCGUCCUGCGUCUCCUCCCUCUCUGCUCCUCCUGGCUCCCUCCCAGUCUCCCCCCUCUGGCUCUGAGGUCAGUGUGGUUUGUAUGGCUCGGGGUUUCCGUCCUGAUGGUGCCAUCCUGUCCUGGACUGAGGACAGCACCACCAUGGCGGGUCCCGAGGUCCACACGGGUCGAUCUCAGCGCCAGUCCGACGGCACCUUCAUCCAGAGCAGCAUCCUGAAACUCCGCCCAGAACGCUGGAGCUCUGGACGCUCCUACACCUGCCACCUGACUCACCCUGCCCUGACCAGUCCACUGAGCGAGAGCGUCAGUGUGGGUCAGUGCAGCUAGAGAGCUGCAGAAAUGAAUGUGGAAAACUUAACAGUGCCAUCAUGAGCAUAAACAGAGUAAAUCCAUUAAAAGAUUGUGUUCAGUAUUAGAGUCUGUCUGUUCCUCUCCUCAUCUUCUCUAGUCUGAGGUUUAUGUUGAUGGCGUCCUCUAGAGGCAGCGCUGCUUAUUUCAUCUGGAGCAGAUUUCUGUACUUGUGUUGCUGAUUUCAUCC